AAAAAAGAAACAAAUUCUGAAAUCUCCAAAUCCAAAUCCAAAUCCUUCUCAUGUGAGAUCACCAUCGCGUGAUCUACUUUUUCUUAUCUACGUGAAAAAUUGGCAAUUGCGGCUCAUUUACUGAAUUUUGAAAGUCCGUCGUAGGCAUAGCUGCUAGCCUCCAUCACUCCCUUUUGUUUGGAGAAUAGUUGUAUCUUCGUUUCUGCAUAGGUACACUUGCCCAAACUACCUUACGACUAGGAUGUGACCGACCUCGUGUUCACAUGAAACAACAUUAUGCGGUCUGAUUCAACGCGUGAACACGAAGAUACUCUACUACGAAAAAACAAGAUGUGUCGGAUUGCCUGGGUCAUCGCGUUUUACGUCUACUUCCAUGCAGGCGUACAACACAAGCGAUAUGCUAUUGCAGAUCCGCAAAACAAAGUAUAUUCGCAGCAGGCGAAUGGUGGUGGCGUUGUACCAGGACGUAAGAAUAUAGAUGUGCUACGAAUGGGGGCAAGGGGGCGGAAAGAAUUAGCUGGUUCAGAUGGUGGUUAUGAAAGUAAGGCAAAUCGAGUGGGUCCUUCUUCUACGAUUGGUUCAAGUUCUGCAGCUCUGGGUGGAGGUAAUAUAGGUGGAGCAUCAACACCACAGCUUGAGGCCACACCCGCUGUGUCUGUUCUUCCCACAACGACCGUCACCGCUGCGACUGCUGAGCAGGUUUCACCUGCUGUGGCACCUACAAAUGCUGGCUCAGCUCAAGUUCCUCGUCGCAAAGCUCGUGUCACCUUAAUGCCUGUAGUAGAUGCAAACUUCGCCGGCAAGAAUUUUCUCCAGCUCUACACAAUGCAGUGCUACGCGCGACGUCAUGGAUACUACUACGAAUUGCUGAACCUCAGCGGACAGCAGUUUGUGGGCUUUAUGGUCACAUGUUGACUCGCAUGAUAUCAUCAUUCUAGCAACAUCUCGCGUAGCUUUGGAUUACCCUAGCAAAUCGUAUUCAAAUCUAACAAGAAUAGAUGCUAUCUUUCUCAUCCUCUUUCUCUUUCUCUCAUCCUCAUCCCUUUAAAAAUCUAAUUCCCGUUACGCCCUCUACCCUCACGACUUUUUUUUCCGCAAACACUGCGCCAUCGCGCAGAUGUUGCGCGCAAGACAAGGCAAGAGAGCGGCGAAAGACACGUAUAAGACGCGUCAGGGAGGGCCUGCUGCCAGUGACGCCCCAGAGGUGGAGAACGCGAUCCUAGAAAGAGAGUGGUCCGCUUCUGUCAAUGCUCUGCGCGAUCCGAAGAAAUUUUAUCCUGCUACGAUAUCAAAAGCAGGUGAAAAUGGACAAUCUUAUGAUUGAUUUGUUCAUGAUCUAAAUGUAUGGAGAAGUAGAAUCUCCCAGUCAGUGCAUAGAAUGCUAUCAGGUGGAGUACAACUUUUAUGAUUCGUCCCCCACCCCGAACCCACAACAUCACUCUUCACCCACAUCACUCUCCUCUCCCUUCACCCACAUCCCACCCGCACCUUUCAUCCCCUCCGCCACGACCGUUUUUCCGCUGCUCGCGACGAUUUUGACACACUGAACGGCGAAGGGUGGAACGAUGUCUACGUUGUCCUCGAUUCUGAUAUGGCUUUAGCGACUUUGGACAAAAGUCUGGACGAGUGGAUCGAGAAUAAUCCGAACGACUUGACCUUCUACGAACGCAGUUGGAAUUUUGAGGUGAUGGCAGGCAACUACAUUGUGCGGAACACCGCGUUUACAGCGGAAUUUUUGACCAGAUGGGCUGAGUUUUAUCAUCGACGUCCACCGGGGUUUAGCAGUGCGGAUCAUUAUGAUGGAGAAGUUUAAAUUGAACAGGUGACAAGGUCUGAUAGAGUCAUAUUUACGUUUUCUCUAAGAUGACGUUAGAGCAUUCAUUGCACAGACAGUCGGUGUCUAACAAGAUCAUGACAUGCAGGGUGUUGUUACAAUAUCUUAACGAUCUACUUAGAUCUAUGUAGCUGUUUUCGAAUAAGUAGAUCAUUCAAGUCAUCUUCAUUUAUCUCCAAUGUAUGAGAAAAGAUCAUCAAUAAAUUUCUAACCCCCAGGCGCCAUUCACCAGCUUCUUCUCGAGACUAUGCACUUGAGGGGCAACGGCGCGGACUCUGGCAUGGAGAGGUGUGACGAGAUGUACAAGAAUCUUAGGGCCAGUGUCAUGGACACCAAGCCUUACUACCGUUUCGUCGCUUGCACAAAGCGCACGUUAGGCCCUCCUAGGGAUUGGCGUGGCGAAUUCCUCUUGCUGGAGAAUGGAGGAGGAGACCACGGCCAGGACAGGGUAUUAGAGUCUGCAGCAUCCUCUGCAGCUAAACAGCCGAGGCAACCGUUUCGCAAUACGAGGAUUAUAGGAACGGUUCCACCGUCGCCGACAGCAGAGGCCCAUGCAGCAUCCUCUGCAGCUGCCUCUGGUGCGAGUAUUGGCUCUCUAUCUGCUGGAAGAACAGGAGGCUCAGGCAGACAACUAGUAGCUGGAUCCGCAGCUUCAUCGAGGAAUGAGAAUCCUGCUUCUGGUGCUGUAGCGAAUGGUGCUGAAGGAGCGGCAUCAUCGGCACAGCAGACAACUGUAUCUCAGCAGACCGAUCCAAAACCAAUCUAUUGUUACGGGUACUUAGGUUAAAGGUGUUCCCCCUGUUAGAGCGUUCGUUUUGCCUUUCUCAUAUUAAGGCAUAUAACGGCAUAUAGCGAACGGGGUACUGUAAGCGAACACCAAAAGAACCGUAUCUCUAAUAUUGGCAUCGGCGUCCUUCGAACCAGCCACGAGUUCUUGCACGAGAAGGGCCUGCAAGUGAUAGAGAUGGUGGUCGUUUGUUGAUGGAGACCAGUGACGAAGGACCCGGUUCAGAAGAAGCUCUUCAAGGAGACAACUCCUUAUCUUCUCACUCAUCAUCAAAAGAAUCAGAACCACAACUACCAGAUGAAAUACUUCAACUACAGCCAAACGAAGUACUAGGGUCACACGAUGAUCCGACAGAGUCACUUGAUUCGCCAUUGCGUCACUUAAGCUCAGAUAGUAGUGCGGCGUCCUACGCCCGUUUUCCGAAUGAAGAAACUGCGCCCCUAACGACGAAAGAUGGCCAUAAGAUUCUGCGUGGAGGCGUUAGAAUUUUGCCACGAUGGCACGGCUUCGCAGCUGAUGGCGCCUACGCUGGUGGUGUGAAGUGUGCGGACUAUCAUAUUUUUCAUCAUGGUGUAAAAGGAUCACAGCAAGCCGGCUUUCGAUACUUCUUGCGGUACAAUCUGAUUAAGGCGGCAUGACUAAAGAUCGAAUCAACUGUAUCUUUAUCACUAGACACCUCUCUACUCGAACCCACGUUGUCCCAGCAGGUGCGGCUUGGCCGCGAAGCGGUGGACCCUCAACCUUAACCUUAACCUCUCUUACUUCUCUUGUAAUGAUUCUUCAUGCCGAUGCCGAACUAUCACGUGGCUUCUAUGAUAUAUGACUCAAUAUGUAUAUGUUGAUGAUCCUCACCACUAUGUAGACACCUCUCCUCUAUCUCUUCUAAUUCAACCUCCGCUGAUUUGACCAACCUUCUUUCCGUCUCGAACGGUGGCCGCGACGCGAAAGCCUACGCUUUCUUGAUUCAGUCUCUCAACAACGCCAAGUGCAGCACCGAUUUGCUCGGCUGUGCCCGCGCCGGCGCCUGGGCUCCGCGGGAUUUGAUAUCUCAGAGAAUUUUAGCCGGCGAAAGAUGGUUCUUCGCGACGAAGACGGGGGAUCACUCAGUAGUGCCAAGAUGGUCAGUCCAGAGCUGUCUAAGGAAUUUUCAGUGUCGACCGAUGGCACCAGCGGAGCCAGUGACGAGUAAGCCGUUUACGGGGAGAGAGGACAUGGACACUGUAGAUUACAUGAACGCAGUGCCAAAACAAAGUUUGCCUUCGGGGAAAUGA